UUAAGAGAGAUGAGAGAGAGAAGAGAGAGAGAGAGAGAGAGAGGUAAGAUGACAACAUCCAUGGCAAAGAGAGGUAAAAGAAGUAGCCUCCCUCUCCCAGUUGACUUGCAAUCUUCCCCCCUCUCUCCCUCUAAAUAAGAAAUGAUGAUGGGUUGUGAUCUUCAUUACUUAUCCCCCCUUUGGCUUAUUUGAUUGACCCACAAAGGAGAAGAGAGAGAGAGAGAGAGAGAGAGAGAGAGAGAUGAAGAGGAGAAGGGAAGAGACAGAGAAGGGCUUCACAGAGAUAAGGUUGGCAAUGGAGGAGCUCUCCUCAUCACUAACCCCUCAUGAGGAGACCAAAGCCUCCACCUUGGCUUUGCUCUCUCUCUCCAAACAACUCCUCCACUUCCUUGAUAAGAUUGGCCCUACACUGCUAGUGUUAAGACAAGACAUACAACAAAAUGUGGAGAGAGUGGAAGAAGCGUAUGCGAAAGAUCCAUCCAAGUACUCAAACUUGACGGAGAUAUUAAUGAUAGAGGUUGGCGAGGGAACGACAAGGAAGCCCAACAGUUGCACCAAAGCUAUUCUCUGGCUAACUAGGUCCACGAACUUCGCUGUAUCUUUGCUGGAAAGAUUAGUGAAGUGCUCCGAAUUGAGCCUACGAGAAGUGGUGGAAGAAGCUUACAGGAGUACGCUAGAGCCGUGGCAUGGCUGGAUCUCCUCGGCUGCUUAUCGGGUAGCUUUAAAGCUCAUUCCGGAGAGAGAAAUAUUUGUCGAUUUGUUGAUGGGUAAAUCCCUGUGCUUCGAGGAGUUGACGGGAGAUAUAAAGAGCUUACUCUCCAUGCUUCAGCCUUUUCUAGAUGAAAUUAAUGCCAUUUUGAAAAAACAUCGGUUCGACAAAUUGAAGUCGACGUAAAAGGGUUGAUUCCUCCGAUCUGAUCCAUGUACAUAGGCUAACUUACAUCCUUGUAAACUUUUGAUGUUCCAAUUUUCUGUAAAUUCACCCUCUGUACAAAUCAAAAGGUUUUGUUUUCAAUUUUCUUCUAUUGUAUUGGAUGUGUUAAAAAUUUCAGAUCAGAUGUAAGGGUUUGGUUUUGUUUUGUUU